AGGCUUUAAGUAGAGAGCUUUAUGUAACAUCAGUAGCAAUUCCGUAAAAACACUCAGGACUGCUCCACUAAACAUGAAUAUAUCAGCUAACGUGUUUUUGUGCAUCUUAAUCAACCGUUGAAAUAUUCCUCUGUGAGUCUAAAGCGAUGACAACAGUAACUGUCAUGGUGGAGGAAGCAGAGCUGCAGGACAUUUAGUACUUUCACAGAGUGACGUUUACCAAAGAGUUACUUAUAUAAAUACAUUAUAUCUUACAGCUGCUCUUCUUUUUUAUUUACACAAUCAUGGCUGCUGCUUUGUUCAGAAGAGGAACAGGAUUAUGUUGUAUUCACAGGGAGUUGUGCAGACUUGUAUGGAGGCCACAGACCGCAUUGUUCAGCUCCAAACCAUCAGACCGAAAACAACCACGCAGGACACACAUCAAGAAAGCUAAGCCUCAGCCAGCGGUGGAUGUCGCUAAACUCCUGGAGGAGCUCUUUCCCCAGCGCAGACCGAGCACAGCGCCACCUGCUGCUCAGCCUACCAAACCUCCUACCGCCUCCUCUAUGAAUGUCUCUGCCUCAAAUGUUCCUCCUUUGUCAAAGAUGGAGCCGGCUGCUUCUAGUGUUAAACAAGUUGAUGCUCAUAGUCUUCCCACUGUGACCGUUCCUACGACCUCAGGUUCCUCUCCAACCGGCGCAACAUCUGCAUCUUUAGCAUCAGGAGCAGCUGCAAUAGAAAGCCAAACAAUAGAAACCAACGUAGAAACUGCUCCAGAGCCAGUAGAGCUCAAAACUGCCACACAGCUGCCUUUAUCGGAUCACGUGGUGGAGAAGAUCGCAGAGACAUCAUCUUGUCCUGCUGCUCCAGUAGAACCCUUAAUAGAAACCACAAUAGAAUCACCAGUGGAGCAGAUCCUAUCACACCCAGUAGAGCCUACAGUAGAAGCUCCAGCUGAAGAAGUGCAAACCGAAAGCAGGGACGCUUCAUACAGUGCCAAAGUAGAACCCUUAAUAGAAACCACAAUAGAACCAGCAGUAGAAACCAUCCAUUGUACCGAGGUACUACUAGAAACCAGAGCUGCUGUUGUUGAGGGUCCAGUAGAGUCUACGAUAGACGUCACAGUAGAUGUAGCAUCUCGGAAAGUAGAAACCAAAAGCACAGACUCAGGUCCUGUUUACCUCUCGCAUGCUGCCAAAGUAGAAGCUUUAAUAGAAACCACAGUAGAACCAGCAGUAGAGGCCAGCGCCUCUCCUGUUUCAGCAAUAGAAACCGAAGCAGCUGACAACCUCUCACACUCUGCCUUAAUCCAGAAUGCAGAAGAAUCUGCACCCUCGACUUUAAAAAACGAAUCCACAAUAGAACCCACAGUGGAGUCGGUAAAUGUAGCAGCGGAGGAGGGAGUGAACGGGUCUGAAGAGAUGACUGUAGAGUCCGUAACGCUCCAUGUAGACAAGCUUCUGGUGGCGUCUUUAAAUACCGACGAGCUCCUCCAAACAACUUCUAUUCUGGAUGAAAAGGUCCGUGAGCUGUCGGUCCAGACGGAGAUCGUGGCUGAAACCGAGAACUCGAGAGAAGACGAGAGCGAGACUUUAACCGAAGUUCUCUCAAAAUGGGACCCCAUGUCGGAGGACCUUCACGAGUUAGAAGGAGAGAGUAACACGUUAGUGAAAGAGCUCCUCUGUCGUGUUCCUCCCAAAACUCCUGGCUCGGUAGGAACAAGUUCUGCCGUUGAUCCAGCUGUUGGAGAGCAGACGGACGAGAAGGCGGCCAUGACGCUGGAAUCGAUAACUCUCGCAGAAGUGAAAGCAGCAGUCGAAGGUCUUGAAGCCGAAGUUCUGCUGGAAACCAGGAACGCACUCGAGGAAGAAGCUGACGUGCUAGCAAAAGAGGAGAAGAUGGAAGUUAGGACCACGACAGACGAGGAAGCUGUCUUUGAGGAAACGUCCGAGGCUGAAUUUGUAACGUUAGAUUCCAUCUCUGAAGCCACCGAUGCGAUAGAAGCCGAGGCUGCCGUCGUGAUGGAGGCCAUGCUGGGCUCUGAGCGAGGGCCGAGGCCGCCACGGGAUGAUGUUCGAGGAGCAGAAAAAGAGUCCGAGGUGGAGCAGCUGGGUGACGUCUUGGAGGCCAUGAGUCUGGAGUCCGUGACUCUGGCCGAAGUCGAGGCCUCCUUGAGAACACUGGAGAGUGAAUCCCUGAGCGAAACCACGAGUUACCUGGAGAAGGAAGCCGGAUUUGUCGGCGGAGAGAAGAAGACGGAGGUGGAGGACGUGGUGCCGUCUGAAGAGGCGACCGAGGCUUUGUCUCUGGCUGCAGCUGAAGCUGAAGCUCUAGCUCUGUCUGAAGAUCUGGAGGUAGACGCUCUGAUGGAGGAGCUGCUCUUUUCCGUUCCUGGUCCUGUAACCGGUCGGGAGGCUGUAACAGCGGAUACUUUGGAUGGUAUUUGGACUCCCAAAGCAGCGGUUUCCUCCGGGUCAGUCGACGUCGAAACAGCGGCUGCAGAUGAUCUUCAUGCUUCUCUGGAGGAGGUGCUGCUGGAGGAGGAGGAGGAGGGAGAUGAAGAUGGAAAAGGGAAACACGCGGAUUUAGAUCCAGUACAGAGACUCUUCCUGGAGAAGAUCAAAGAAUACAACAACAUGCGCAGGUUGAAUGGAGGACUGUUGGAGGCGGAGCCAGACUACGAAAAAUACCUUUCAGAGGAGACGACGAAGCUCCAGAGACUUUAUGGAGGAGGAGACCUGAGCAGCUUCCCUCAGUUCACCUUCACCGAGCCACAACUGGACCAGGACUCCAAAUGAUCCACAACCCCCCC